AUGAGGCUCCCACCCGCAUCCGUGUUGGCUUCUUGGCCGACGCCAAACUAUGAUCACCCUAUUACGCGAGGACCCGCCGGCAAGAUUGUCGCCAUCACGUUGACGGUCUUGGUAGCCCUGAUCUUGGUUAUGCGUGUAUAUACUCGACUGCGUGUUGUUAGAAGCUUUGGACUCGAUGAUAUACUUAUCCUUAUCGCGUUUUUCCCCUCCGUCGCCCUGACCGUUUGUAGCAUCUAUUCCGAGUUUGAACUGGGUUGGGACGUACAUGUAUGGGAUCUCCCAUUUACAAAAUACUCCCCCAGCUCACAAAUGAGCCUUGUCACUUUUGUUCUUUUCGAUAUCUCCUCAAACCUCGUGAAGCUGUCGACCCUGGCAAUGCUCUACCGGCUCGUCCACACCACAGAAUCACGACUGACGGUCAUUGUUGUAUCAAUAGCCGUCUUUGUGGUGGUUAGCGGGCUUUUAUUCAUGUUUAUCACCAUCUUCCAGUGCAGUCCGGUUUCGGAUUACUGGACUCUGUCAUCUCAACCGCAAAAGUGUAUCGACGAGGCCGCGCAUUUGCUCGUGGCUGGUACCAUCAACACGGUUACCGACUUUGCCAUAGUCGUCCUCCCGAUCAAGAUGACGGCCGCACUACAGCUGCCGCGGAGGCAGCACAUUAUCCUCUAUGCUCUUUUCUGUACUGGAUUUUGUGCCUGCGCGGCUGGCUGCGUAAGAACCUACUAUACUUGGAUUUUGACAACAAAAUAUGACAAGACCUGGUAUGGAUGGACCGUCUGGAUUAGUAGCGUUAUUGAGUUGUACCUCGGCAUCGUGAGUUGA